AGUUUGGUUAUAUUAUUAUUGUUGCUAUUGUUGUUAUUGUUAAUAGCCCUAUUCUAUUAGAUAUAUAUAUAUAGUUAUCAUUAAAUUAUAUAAUUUAAAAUAUUUAAUACUUUCUAACUAGAUAAGAUUUAAAAAAUUGUUUUAAAUUAUGUAUUAUGCUUAACUAUAAAAUAAUGAUUAAAUUAACAUUUUUUUAAAAAGUAUUGAAAUUGAUUUAAAAAAAAUGUCUUCUUUAAUUUACAAUAAUAAAAUAUUUAUAAUGUAUAAAUCAAUGAACAUAUUAAAUAAAAGAGUAAUAUUCAAUAGAAAAAUAUUUAUUAGAAAAAUAGCGGGCAGUGAAACAGCUGUUUUUUGAAUGAUGAGACAUCUAGUGGAAUGCGUAUACAUAUGCAAUAGCAACGAAUGGACAAAAUGCACGAUACGGAACUGAUCGCACUUGUACUUAGAAGAGCUGAUUAAGAAACCAUGGCAGCUGGUUGUUGUGGAACGAAAAAGCAAAAACUAAAUGAUUCCACUAGUGUUCCGCGUAACAAUACUGUAAGUUUACAAAAUAGUAUUCAUAUGCGGAAUUCUAUAAUAGUUCAACCUGAGAUGGGCUUUUAUUGUUUCGAUGUCCUUUACUGCCAACUGCACCAACUUGAUCCACCAAAACCACCCAACUUCAGUAAUGAAGCUUUCCCUUUAUUUGUAACAUGGACUAUUGGUAAAGAUAUGAGAUUAAGAGGUUGCAUUGGUACAUUUAAUGCAAUGCAUUUACAUGCUGGACUACGGGAAUAUGCUACUACUAGUGCUUUCAAGGAUUCAAGGUUUAAUCCAAUAACAUUGGAAGAACUUCCACGUUUACAUGUAAGUGUUUCUAUACUUCGACAUUUUGAAGAUGGAGCAGAUUAUUUAGAUUGGAUAAUAGGGGUUCAUGGAAUUCGUAUAGAAUUUCAUAAUGAAAAGGGCAAUAAACGAACUGCUACAUAUUUGCCAGAUGUAGCAAUAGAACAAGGAUGGAACCAAAUCCAAACAAUAGACUCUUUACUACAUAAAGGAGGCUAUAAGGGGUUAGUUACUCCUGAUAUUAGACGUAGUGUCAAGUUAACUCGAUACCAGAGUGAAAAAGUGACUGUGAGUUAUCAAGAUUAUAUGACACGCUGGCAUGGUCAAAGAUGCUAGCAACUGCCCUGGGGUUCUGUUAAAGGGCCCCUCAUUUGUUAUAUUUCUAACAACAUUGAUAAUUUGAGUACAGAUACAUUUAAUUGUUGUUUGCAAUAUAUUAAUUAUCAAUGCAAUAAUAUAAUGGCCAGUCAAUAUGCAUUCAUUAUAAUAGAAUCUAAUUACUUUUUUAUGACACAAUCAUGUUUAUUCUAUAAUUCAAUAUGUUUUAAUUUUAUCAUCUUAUCUAUACAAAGUUAUCUUUUAUUUUUAUAUACACAUACAAAAUUUGUUUGUUUAUCAGUGCAUCAUAAUCAUUAUUGGAGAUGUCUUCCUAUAAAAAAUCAUAGAUUAUGGAAUAUAAAAACAAACAUGGUAUUAAAGACUCAAUUUAAUCUUUUACUAUUUCCAAUGGUGCCUAUUAUAUGCUAUAUUUUAUACUUACUUAUUUUAUAAAAAAAAAAUAUUUAUUAACAAAAAUAAUAGGAUUUUGGGUAUGUAGUGGCCUUAUCUUUUCUGAAUUUAAUACUAUUUACAAAUAAGCUACUGAGUAUAAAAUAAUAUUUGUGGAAUUUAAGUUCAAUUGACAAAUUUCUUCAGUUUUUUUAUAGCUAGUAUAAAUAUAUUAUUGUUUAGUUUAUACAAGGCGUUAUUGUUUGUUUCAUUCUUUUAUCCACAGUGUAUUUUUAUUUUAUUUUGACUGUUCUCUAAUUCAAAAUAUAGUACUUAAUAAAUUUGCUUUAGCCAUUAAAUAAUAAUAUUAAUGUCUGCAUUUAUAAUUGCAGUCCAAAAUUUGUGAUAUACAAACAAACUUAAUAUAUUAUAUAAGUAAUAACAUAUAUAAUAAAUAUAGAUGUUAUUUAUAAUUACAAACUUCAAUAUUUUUUUAAGCAUUAAAUAUUCUAACGUUUAUUAAUAGUAUAUCUAAUAAAAAUUUUGAAUAAUAAUAGAAAAUUAUUGAAAUUAACGAAACAAUAAUUUUGAAAUAUAAAAUAUUUUAUAUUACUUUUUUGAGAAAAAAUAAUAAAUAAUAAUCUAUACAUAUAUUUAUAAAAAAUUAAAUGUAAAUAAUAAUGUAAAUAAGAAAGAAUGUAAAUAAUAAAUUAAAUAUAAAAAUUA